CGUUCGGCGGUCCCGCCCCGCUGGUGAAGGUGAGCGUCUCCUCCAAGGCGCCGCGCGCCGUCCGUAACGGAGCGGAGCGUAGGGAGCCGCUCGCCAUGGCCGCUUCGAUCUUCACUGCUGUCCCUCGCGCCCCGCCUGUAGCCGUCUUCAAGCUCACGGCAGAUUUCCGGGAGGACGGGGAUUCGCGGAAGGUCAACCUGGGCGUGGGCGCCUACCGCACGGACGAGGGGCAGCCAUGGGUUCUCCCGGUGGUGAAGAAAGUGGAGCAGAUGAUCGCCAACGACAACAGCCUGAACCACGAGUACCUGCCCAUCCUGGGCCUGCCGGAGUUCCGGGCCAAUGCUUCCCGCAUUGCUCUGGGUGAUGACAGCCCUGCCAUAAAGGAGAACCGGAUUGGAAGUGUUCAGUCCUUGGGUGGGACAGGUGCUCUGCGUAUUGGUGCAGAGUUUCUGAGGCGGUGGUACAAUGGAAACAACAACACAGCAACUCCGGUCUACAUCUCUGCUCCAACCUGGGAGAACCACAACUCUGUGUGUGUGGAUGCUGGCUUUAAAGAUAUUAGAACUUACCACUACUGGGAUGCUGCCAAGAGGGGUCUGGAUCUCCAAGGGCUGCUGAAUGACAUGGAACAAGCCCCAGAGUUCUCCAUUUUCAUCCUUCAUGCUUGUGCUCACAACCCGACGGGUACAGAUCCUACCCCGGAUCAGUGGAAGCAGAUUGCUGCUGUUAUGAAGCGCCGGUGCCUGUUUCCGUUCUUCGACUCAGCGUACCAAGGUUUUGCCUCUGGCAGCCUGGACAAGGAUGCCUGGGCUGUGCGAUACUUUGUCUCCGAGGGCUUUGAGCUCUUCUGUGCACAGUCGUUUUCCAAGAACUUUGGGCUCUACAAUGAACGUGUGGGGAACCUGACUGUGGUGGGGAAGGAUGCAGACAAUGUGCAGCGUGUGCUUUCCCAGAUGGAGAAGAUUGUGCGCACCACUUGGUCCAACCCUCCCUCCCAGGGAGCACGCAUUGUGGCAACUACACUUGCUUCCCCGCAGCUCUUCGCUGAGUGGAAGGACAAUGUGAAGACAAUGGCAGAUCGGGUCUUGCUGAUGCGGUCAGAGCUCCGGUCUCGACUGGAGUCCCUUGGGACUCCGGGCACCUGGAACCACAUCACAGAUCAGAUCGGCAUGUUUAGCUUCACAGGGUUGAACCCUAAGCAGGUGGAAUACAUGAUCAAGGAAAAACACAUCUACCUGAUGGCUAGUGGGCGCAUCAACAUGUGUGGCCUGACUACCAAGAACCUGGACUAUGUGGCCAAGUCCAUCCAUGAAGCCGUUACAAAAAUCCAGUGAAGCACAUGAACAACCAAACUUACAUGAAGUCACCAAAGCUGUAGUGUGUAGUCCUUGUCCUUCUAUGCUCACGGCUUGCCUUGUCCUGCAUUUCUUGGGGUUUAAUAAAAAUGGAAGCAGUAGCUCAAUCAGGGCUAAUCAUAUUUUUGGCCUUUUUGAAGUAUUCCUUGCAAUAGGAUAAGCCAGUGCCCCCCAGGAGGGUGGGGGCAGCAUGAGCUACCUUUGCUCUUGUUUGACAGUAGCCUGGUGUUCAGGCACUUAGAACUGCAUCUUUAGCAUGUUCAGAUCAAGUCCAUGUUCAAUUUGAUCUAGGCAAAGUUGGGUGCCAGUGCAGUGCUCUGUGGGAUAACAGCCUCAUCAUUUGGGAUCUCUGGGCUUGUGAACUAACGUCACUUGGUAGUAUUUUGAGAGGGGAAAAAGCUGUUGUUGGGUCUGUCAUGUCCAUGCCCCCACACACCAAAUUCUGAGCCUUACGUGAGCAAAAAUUCAUAAUUGUGAUAAUUGCUUCUAUGUGUUGUUGACUGAAAAUUAAAUCUCCAUCUCUGAACACGA